UGACCGACUUUGCUAAUUCACGUCUCCUUCGAGGUGCUUUUCCCUUCCUUCCUUUUCCCUCUUGCAUAUCCAUUCUUGUGGCCCGCGCAUUCUUUCAUUCUUUCUCAGUAUCUCUCUCCUAAUACCAGCAAUUAGAAAAAAGCACCUUUUGCUUCCAAUUCGCCCACCAUGUCUAAGGAGUACACCUACCAGGAUGUUGCUGAGCACAACACCAAGAAGGACAUCUUCGUCGUGAUCCACGACAAGGUCUACAACUGCAGCAAGUUCAUCGACGAGCACCCUGGUGGUGAGGAGGUUCUGCUCGAUGUCGCCGGUCAGGAUGCCACCGAGGCUUUCGAGGAUGUCGGCCACAGCGACGAGGCUCGCGAGACUCUCGCGCAGCUGCACGUUGGCGAUCUGAAGCGCCAGCCUGGCGACCCUGUCCCCAAAGCCCACACCAACACCUACUCCGCCAACAACGGCUCCACCACCACUGGCGGCGGCUUCGGCAUCUACAGCGUUGUCGCCAUUGGUGGUCUCCUCGCCUACCUCGCCUUCCAGUACUUCCAGGCUGAGGCCGAGGCCAAGGCUCAGUCCGCCUAAUCGCACCACACCCAUAUGAAUGAUAUGAAUUCAACCCUCGUUUACGGGAUAUAGAGUAAACGAAGGGGAGAAAAAACGACGACAAAUGCACGGGCUAGCGCUUCAGUGCAUAUGCUAAAAGGGGGACAAGAAAUGAUACCGCUGGGGAAGAGAUAAUUUGUGUCAUCUUGGUGCUGUUUUCAACCACGCAAAUGUCUUACGGAGAAGGGAUCUGGGAUUUUUUAAUGAGCGUGGCAAGUAUAGAUGGCGUAGUGUCUACUAUUUUCAGGCACUAGACAAUCCGGAGUCAUUGUUACGGGAAAUAGAUGAUGCCUUUUAAAGGAAAUAUACAGGGCUAGAUAUCUAUGAUAAUCAAUUUUCGAUUGCCAAUGCGCGCAUAAUCACAAUCACACUCAAG